UCUGUGUGCUCCUGUAGAUGGCUUUAGAAACUGUGUGGACAGGAUCGAGAUUAAAAAUGUGAAUACCAGAUAGAGUUCUUGCGAAGGGCAGGAAGCCUAAAGGAUCCCUGUUGCUUUAAACUGAGACACUUCAUGUGAGAUUCCUUCUUGUGAGCAGAGGCUACUGUUCUUGAUGCAUCCUUAUAUGUCAGAUGAAAUACGUUAAGUUAGCUUAUAUGGUGAGUGAUCGAUUUUGUUAUACAAAAGGUCACUCGUAUUGAACGAUAACCACAGCCAUGAUUCAGUCUCUUUAUAGGCCAAUCAAAUGUACUUAAACCUUUGGUCUUUUGUAUUUUUCCUUGGCCCAGAGGAUUUGUAUAUCAAAGAAGUUAAGCUAUUAAAAAUGCAUAAAUACUUUGAUACCGCUGUGUCCAACAGUACUACACACAGGCCUGCAUUUCAAACAAGCUCCUUUUUUAAAUGUUUUACUUGGAAGACUUCAAGUUUUAAGAUUGUAUUGGAAUCCUAACAUAAAAUAGCAGUCGAAAUAUACAACAAAAAACACAUUGUAGAUCAAAUAAGUCUAUGCACUUAUAUGUUAAAUGCAUUUCAUAAUGCUAUUUUGAUAGCCUAUUACUAGAUUUUAGACCAAAAAAUUAUAAUAGGAGUGCAUGGAUAUCUGGAUUUCGGUAAAUAAUCCGGGCAUUGUUGUGUGCAGUUGAGUGGGAAUCUGCACAAGACUAAAUAACUAAAUGAGACUGUCUUCCUUAAGCCACUUAUGUGAUGAUGACCCAAAUAAUAAUGCCUUGUUGCUUCUAAGCGUGGUGUGUGUGUGAGAAUGAAGUAUAACCUAUUAGCUUAACUUGCUGAAGAGACACACGUUGUUUCCCUUAAGUAUUUUAACAAAUAGAUGUGUGUUUUUACCUUUGGUUUCCUUUUUUGUUUCUAUUUUUUGUUUUAAAAAUUUGAAAAAAUAGGUGUCUAGUCACAUACAGGUCUUAGCAAGAAAGAAAGUUCGAGAAAUCCAAGCCGCCAUCAAGGUAACAAGCAUGGAUCAAACCGUGAAGGACAAAGCACUACAAAGCAUGGCAGCAAUGUCCUCCGCACAGAUCGUAUCAGCCACUGCCAUCCACAAUAAACUGGGCUUGCCUGGCAUUCCUCGCCCUGCUUUUCCAGGAACACCUGGGUUUUGGCCGGGUAUGAUAUCCACAGGCCAGCCAGGAUCCUCGCAUGAUAUAAAGCCAUUUGUUCAGCAAGCAUAUCCAAUCCAACCGGCAGGAACAACACCUGUUCCAGGGUAUGAGUCUGCAGUAGCACCAGCCCCCUCAGUACCUGCCUGGCAAGGCCGCUCAAUUGGAACAACCAAACUGAGACAGGUGGAGUUCUCGGCCUUCCUCGAGCAGCAGAGAGACCCUGAUUCGUAUAACAAGCACCUCUUUGUACACAUCGGGCAAACCAACCAUUCCUACAACGAUGCCCUGCUUGAAUCGGUAGACAUUCGUCAGAUUUAUGAUAAAUUCCCGGAAAAGAAAGGAGGCCUGAAGGAGCUGUUUGGCAAGGGACCGCAUAAUGCCUUCUUCCUCGUAAAAUUCUGGGCUGACUUGAACUGCAGUAUACAGGAUGAUGCAGGAGCAUUCUAUGGUGUCACAAGCCAGUAUGAGAGCUCUGAAAACAUGACAAUUACCUGCUCCACUAAGGUGUGCUCGUUCGGCAAGCAAGUUGUGGAAAAAGUAGAGACUGAAUAUGGAAGGUUUGAGAAUGGACGCUUUGUAUAUAGGAUAAGUCGCUCGCCAAUGUGUGAAUAUAUGAUCAAUUUUAUUCACAAGCUUAAACACUUGCCAGAGAAAUACAUGAUGAACAGUGUACUGGAGAAUUUCACCAUUUUACUGGUCGUAACAAACAGGGAUACACAGGAGACUCUUCUUUGUCUGGCGUGUGUGUUUGAAGUGUCGAACAGCGAGCAUGGAGCCCAGCAUCACAUCUAUAGGCUCGUGAAGGAAUGAGAGAGGAACAUUUUACUGAAAACCUUAAACAGAGACUGUAAACCUCAAUACAAGUGGCAGUGCCUCGAAUCAGAAUCACACCCACGUUUUUGUUUGUCGGAUUUGGGUGGAGUCAUUUAUUUUAUUUUUUUUUAUGUAUAUGUGUACGACUGCAGCUGUGAAUUGCGGUACAGUUGUAAACUUUUGAUACUAAAUUAGUUCAUUUUAACAGAUGACUAAUCGAUGCCUUUUCUUAGGAAGGGGUGUGUGUGAUUUAUAUAUAUAUAUAUAUAUAUAUAUAUAUAUAUAUAUAUAUAUAUAUAUAUAUAUAUAUAUAUAUAUAUAUAUAAUGUGUGUGUUUACAUAAUGUAUUAUAGUAGUAUCUGUUGGUGAGGUUGUGUCCAGUUGCUAGCUCUUUUAUUUGAAAUUUGUUUGUGGUUUCAACUGAAGAAAAAAAAAGGUAAUUAUCAAAGACACUAGCCAUUAUAACAUGGGACAUCUAAGCUCUGUAUAAUAUAUUGAACUAUUGUGAUUGUGUGUUUUUUCCCAAAGAAAGUAUUUCAUCAAAGAUAUAAUUUUGGAUAAAUAAAUAUUAAAAAAAAGUUAGUUUUUAAGAUGAGAUAAAGAUAAUAGCAAGCCUAUUUAUAAGUACACUACUAAGUUAAAACUUUUGCAGCUUAGAUGAGAUCAAAAGGAACGAUGGUCUCUGAUAUUCUCUUAAAUAGGGUUCUCUGAACCUCUUAAAUCAAAGCCACACUACUCUUUCACUGCUUGAGAACGAAAGGUGAAUGCACUGUGAUGUUAACCCUACUUUUAGGUUUACCUCGGCCACACCAAUAAUCACUUUGCAAUAAGAAUGUUGCAUAUUACAUUUACAAAUUCAAAGAGUUCUACGAAAUCUCAGCCCUUGAGCUGCAGAAAGUUUUCACAGUGAAGUAUUAGUACUGCUAAUAAAAUGGAACAACCCUCAUUCUCACAAAUCGUUAAUCGUCGCCUUGUCCUAAGCACUUGGGUUUUCAGGUAGGACAUGCCUUAUUGAGGUAUCUUGUUUUGUUAGCCUUUCUUGAUCAAUAACAGGCAUUCUGUGUAAAUUGAAGUGUAUGUGGGGAUCACAUGUUAAAGAAAAUUGACACUAAGAAGAAACAGGUAAAGUUUAAAAACCGUUUCCACUGCAUUAAUCUGCUACGGUGCACCAUUCCUGAACAGGUUCUGUGUUUAUUUUUUGUUUGCCAAUAUCAAUUGGUUGCUGCCUUUUACAUACACGUCAAGACCUAUGGAAUCUGUGGCCUGCACCAUUCAUUUUAUAUAAAUCCAAGCCUUAAAUGUGGCGGUGUGAUAUUCAAAAGAUGCCACUAAAACUGUGAGGUGAGCUCUUUCCUAAGCUGGAAGACUUUCUUGUUAUCAGUCUCUUGUCAAGAGUAUAUCAUUCAAAACUGCCAAAGCAUAACAGUAUACAGUGCCUUAGUGUAUGUUGUAAUACAACAUAUCUUGGUAUAACAUUAACUAGAAAUUUAUUUCAAGGUAAACGAAAAUAACUUCUUUGAAAGACAACUUUACACAUGGGAAUGAAUUACUGUGAGUUAAACAGUAUAUACACAAUUAGAAAUAGCCUACAAAAAAAACACACAGUUACAGAAAGUACUUUACAGGGUAGAGCUUGAAACAAUAAACAAAUGUUGCCUUUUCUUAUCUAAAUGACCAAAAAAAAAAUAUGACCUGAUCCUUAGCGAUUUCUUACACUGUAGCAUGAGCGUGCCUUUGGUUUGAAACUUCCAGCUUAGAAAAGACUGAAUCAAUUGUAAGUGUUAUCUGUAGCAAGACCAAAAAAAAAAAAAAAAAAAAAAAAGAGAUCACCACAAUGCCUUUAAGUUUUCUAAUAAAAAAAAGUUUCUAAGGAGAAAAGGAAAGUGGGAUUCAUUUACAUGAAUAUAACAGUCAUUUUCUGUACUGAGAGAGGGUGCAGAAAGCACCUGCAAGUUCAUAGUGUCAGGUAUUGUUAACACCAGUAAUGGGACUAUUGGCUAUCUAAUAAGGAAAGCUGGUCCUCCAGAGUGAUUUUUCUUUUUUUUUUUUUUUACCUUUGAUUCAAACCGUAAUGGAAACAGCCAUUCCACUGAGAAGUAGACCCUUUCAUUAUCAUUUGUACAGUGGUUUGUUAUUAGUAAAUAAUACUUCAACUGCUGCUAGUUUAAAAUCGUCACUUUAAUAAAAAGUGGCAUUGCAGAAAUUAGAAGCCAAAGUCAUAGCCAACUUAAAUGGAGGGUUAUCCUAAUGAACUAAACUGUGCAAAUCUUAAAUAUCAGCACUGUAUCUCUGUUUUACACUGCUGUAAUGCAACGUACUUUCUUGCAUCAGCAGCACUGGUUUGUCUGUACCUCAGCAUCUAAAAGAUUUUGAAAAGUAUUUUGCAGAAUAAGUCCCCUUCUACUGUACAUGUAAAUAUUAGGUUUUUGACAAGAUUCAAGACCAAAUAUGAGAGAGAACUUUAAGUGUUGGUUUAUUCUGGAAUAUGACUACAUUAGAUGCAUUAAAUUUGGGCCUGCAUUUAAAGUAUCCCUGAUUUCUAGAAAGCUAUAUAGCAGAUGGACUGAUUCUUGUGAAUAGCUGCACUAUUGUUAGGAAUGGUAAAAGACACCCUUUGACUUUUUUAGGAUUCAAGCAAGUCCCAAGAAAGGAGACAGUCGAAUGCAUAUUUGUUACCAUAGUUUACUAUUGUAGCUUCAGUGACCUAACAGAAAUGAAGCAACUCAGCUGAUGCCAGUUGCUGUUAGAUAAAUCACUUUGGAAGACCUGUUCUCUGUGCCCUCUCAGUGCCAGAAUGUCACCUGUUUAGAUUCCAGCUUAAGGUUGAUGAAGUUCUUUCAAAAGUUUUAAUCUAAUCAAAAUACACCAGUCCCAGAAUUUAAAUAUUUCUAUUAAAUUAUCGAAAUCAGAAAAGUUUCUAUAUUAAACCGUCUCUAGUAUCCCUGUACAUAUUUAUGGAAUUUUAGGGAACUUUUUUUUUUUUUUAAUAAUCACUCUCUAGAACGACACGUGCCUGAAGUAGACUUUGGAGUUUUAUAUUAUUUCAAAUGAAAUAGUCUUUAUUGUUGUAUCUCCCAUGUUUUGUGUUAACAGCUGUUUUGCCCUGUGUACUUGUUCACAUUUAUAAAUAACUUAAGAAAAUUAACUUGGUUCAUGUUUUUAUUGUGUUAUGUGUAUAAAAAGGUUUUGUGACGACUUCAGCAUAUUCAGAUAUGGUCAUUGGUAAACUUGUUACUGCACUGCUGCUGGUAACUUUGAUAUGGAAAUUCCAUUUUGAAGUAAUACCUCUUAAAUUUGGAUAAUGGGGUUUCUUAGCUUUUACGUUUAUGAAUGUUAGAAAAAGAUUUUAAUAUUAUGGACAGGUUACACAGAAUUCAAAAGGAAUUUCAACACAAACCUAUCAGCAGUACAGUUUUUUUUUUUUUAUAUAUAUUGUCUUUGUAGGUACUGGUACCUUUCUGUUUAUAAUCAUUUUAAAUGUUGGCUUUAAAGUGAGUGAACAUGUCUUUAGUUCAGAUAGUAUCAUGAGAAUUAUAGGGUUUGUGAGCAGAGAAUUUUUUUUUUUUUUUUGAAGGUGCUUGUAUAAAAACCAUGUGUCCUGUCUUUCUCGGUACAAUUGUGUGAUAUCUUUUAAUACAGUAAAGUGCAAUUAUUUCAUCACUUCAAGAAAAAGAAAAAAAAAAAACCCUGCUUCACACGUGUGUGUUCCUUUACUGCAGAUGUUCUCGUCUUUGCUAAGUAACACAUUUUGAUGCCUUCUUGAUAAUGUGGUAGACAUUUUGUAGCUUUCUAGGAACUUUGUAUGCAUACAAUAUCAAUUGACAAUAAAUAAAAUUUGAAACAU